AUGCAAAUUUUGACGCUUCUUGGAAAGUCGCUUCCCGGGGCCAGCAGUAAGUUUUUGCUACAGUUUUAGAGUUCGAAUUGUGUCUUAGUUCGUUGUUUUCUAUGUUAUAUUGGGGUUCCUUCAAAGUGAUAAUUGGCUUGAAUUUCCUGUGCAAAAAGCUUGAGAACUGUUUCCAUAAAAAAAGAUCAUUUUUUGAGUGCCUUUUUUUGAAAAACUCGUUUAUAAAAACUAUUUUUAAAGAUAACUUAUGUAAAAUAAUCUUUCUACUGAUCAGUACGGUUUUUUUCAGUAUGUUUUUAAAAUUAAAAGUUUCACUUUUUUUGUUUCUUAUCGAGCGACGAAUCUUUUGUUUAUAUCAAUUUCUUUAAUGAUAGUUGUUAACUAUUUUUACAGCAUAUUUAGUUUGAGUUGAACCUUUUCUAUAGGAAAUAAAAGACGGAAAGCGUUGCAUUUGUUUUUUUAAUGACCAUUGAAAGUUCUGCACCUUUUCAAUGCACUAAAUUUGACUUUUUGAAUAGGUUUUUUUCAAUUUUUUUAAUAUAGGCAUAUAGCCGAAAAAUUGCAUCAUUUUAGCGUUUUAUGAUGCUUCUAAAAAAAUAUAUAUCACAUCAUAAAGACUAUAUAGGUAUUCACAGAACUUGUUCUGUCGUUUAGAAUCCCUUUCGCUUUGCGAAAAGCAGUUGGCCCAGUUGGCCUUCAUUCAAUCGAGAAGCUUGGCGGUUCCCGGUGGAAAAACUGCUUUCAAGGUUCAUUCCAAAUGAACUAACUUGAAAAAGAAGUUAUUUUUAGCGUGACAAACCCCACUUGAACGUGGGAACCAUUGGCCACGUUGAUCAUGGUAAAACUACCCUGACCUCGGCUAUCACUAAGGGUGAGAAAAUAUGGGAAAAAUGAAUAAAAUCAUACGAAUUUUUCAGUUCUCGCCACUUCGAAGGGAGCCAAGUACCGUAAAUACGAAGAUAUCGAUAAUGCCCCGGAAGAAAAAGCCCGAGGAAUCACAAUCAAUGCGUUCCAUUUGGAAUAUGAGACCGCAAAGAGGCAUUAUGCCCAUAUUGAUUGUCCGGGACACGCCGAUUACAUCAAGGUUGGUUUUGAAAUGGGAAAAUGAUCUUUGAAGGUUCAAUUUUGUCAGAUUUGAAGAUUUUUGAAGCAAAAUGUUUCGAUUUUCGAAUAAAAUGCGUCUAUUUUCAAGAAUUUUUUGUGGACUUUGUUUCAAAUUGUCAUUUUUGGAGUUAGUUCUGUUUGAGAAGCAUCUAUGGUAACAGUACGUAGGGACAAAUGUACUAAUUUCGAUGAUAUUAAGGUUUUGUAAAACACACUUUGAACUUUGGACUAAGUUUGUCAUUUUUUAAUUUCGUGCAAACCUUGAAGCAUUUAGAGUAUUAAAACAUCAAGCUUGGUUCUGAAAUGCAAAAAUCAUCGUUUAAAGUAUAACUGCUCAGAUUUGGAAAGCCUUCAGGUGUUUUCAAGCGCAAUUCAUGAAGUUUUGUACAAUCUUUUGCCGAUUUUUCGAAGUUAUAUCUGUUUGAGAAGAAUUGAGGGGAACACGAUGCUUAAAUUAAUUUUUGGAAAAUAAGAGUGAGUAUUUUUUAAUGCUUAUACACCGCCUCUGUUUAUUAAGAUUCAAGUCAACUAUGGAUUCUGAUUAUUUUUUGAAUCUAGUACAAUCUGAAGAUGUAGAAUUUGAUCUCCCAGUUGAUUUUCAACCUUUUUUGCAUUUUUAAGCCUCUAAAAUUCGUUUAGUGCACAAUUUUAAUUAUUUUAUACUUCAGUUUGUACAUUUCUAGUGAAAACCUAAUAUAAGCAUAAAUUCAAACAAGUUUCAUAAUGUUUUAAUAAUCUUGCAUAAUAAAAAUGACUAAUUUUGACCGGGACCUUGAUUUUUGGGUAUUUUUGAAGUUUGAAGUUGAUUUUAGCUUUUUUCUGCUUUCAGUGAGUGCUUUUGAAUGGAAUUUGAUCAAUUUUUUUAAAAUUGGGAUUGAAUAAUUUUUUUAGUUUAAAAACUUGAUUUUUUUGCAGAACAUGAUCACUGGAGCCGCUCAAAUGGAAGGAGCUAUCCUCGUCGUGGCCGCCACGGAUGGACCUAUGCCUCAGGUUUUUUUCUGAGUGAAAAAAAUGAAUAUUUCUAAAUAUUUUUUUAAGACCAGAGAACAUUUGCUUCUGGCCCGACAAGUUGGAAUCCCAAGAGAGAAUGUCGCCGUUUUCAUGAACAAGGUAAGGAAGUGAUGAUUGGUCGUGUUUCAGAGGUUUUUUUGAAAUACAUAUAUUUUUAGAGAAGUUCUCUUCAUUUACCUUUCAAAUUUUUAUAUCAUGUAACCAAGGAACGUUUUUUUACCUCCUUUCAAAGUGUGCAAAAUGUGCAAAUAAAAGCGUUCUAAAAUGCUCACAAAACGUUAAAAUUGAAAUUUUAUAAUAGGAGGGAAAAACAUAAAAGUAUUGUGAAAACAGGGAAAAUAUUGAGAGAUCUACCAAUUUUUUUUUUUUUCCAAGAUUUUUGUUCAAUUUGAAGGUUUUUUUGUUUCCAAGGCAAUUAUAAGCAGGAUCAAAGAACAGGGGACAAACAGUAAUAAAUAUUUGGCGGUUGAAAGUUUUUUUAAGUUAUCAUGAAACAUUGAACUGAAAUAGGGAAAUAUGUCCACAGAGAUGAAAAUUUUUGCGAAAAAAAAUCAACGUUAAAAAGUUUGAAUCGGUAUUGAAGUUUGAUAGUUCAUUGACUUGUCAGACCGACGAAGUGAUUUCGACUUUUUCCAGGUCGAUGAGGUUCCGGACCAGGAAACCCGCGAACUCGUCGAAAUGGACAUUCGAGAGCUUUUGAACGAGUUCGGCUACCCCGGAGAUACCAUUCCAGUACGAUAAUUUAAUUUUUUUGAGGAAGAGUUGAGAAAAAUCAACACAAGAUUCCUAAAAAUCGAAUUUCAAUAUUUAGUUUAAAACUGCGAAAAUUCCUCUUGAAGUACGAAACUUAACGCUUCUUUAGAAGUUUAAAAGAAUUUUUUUAGGAAAUUCGGUAGAUUUUUCCUCUGUGAAUUCUAGCUUACUUCCCCUCGUUUUUAAUCUUCCUUACAGUUUUUUUUGAGGUUUUUUCGCUGAAUUUUGAUUUUUUGAAGCUGAAAAUUGAUUAUUGAUGUAUGUCACUUCUCCAGGUGAUUUUCGGUUCUGCCCUUUGUGCCUUGGAAGGAAAACAGCCGGAAAUCGGCGAGAAGGCCGUCAAGGACCUUCUGGACGUCCUGGACAACAAAUUCGUGAUCCCCGAAAGAAAUGUCAACGACGAGCCGAUGUUCGCCGCCGAGCACGUUUACUCCAUCAAGGGUGAGAAAAAGGGAAAAAAAAUUGAGAAAAAACGAACUUUUUGAAUCAGAAAUAUGCAAGUUUUUGUUAAAUUCCUAAUAAUUUUAUUCAAUAGGUAGUAGAGAAUAAAUAUUACCAAAAAAAAAAUCGCGAUUAAACGGUUUAAAAAAAUGCUCAAAUAGAUUAUCUUGUUGUAUAUAAAUCUCAUAUAAUCGGUGAUUUUUUUUUUGAUUUUGAAACUAAAAAUAGCUUUGAUGAGUUCUUUCUUUUCCCCAGGUCGUGGUACGGUAAUUACCGGAAAACUGGAGAGAGGAAUCCUGAAGCGUGGUGACAAGAUUGAAAUCGUCGGAGCCUCCAAGACGCCCGAAACAGUGAAAUCUGUCAUCUCUGGUAGUGAAGAACCGUAAGAAUGGAAUCAAAUGAGACAAUUGCAGGCCUGGAGUCGUUCCGAAAGACGGUCGACCAGGCCGAGCCCGGAGAUCAGCUCGGAGUGCUCCUCCGAGGCCUCGGCGCCAAGGACGUCCGACGCGGCUGUGUCCUGCUCCCACAGGGACACAAGCACGUGGCUACCGAUCGGGUCAAGGCUCAGGUAGGGAGCACGGGGAAAAUAAAUGGAAAAUAGUAGAUUUGAAAGAAAAUUACUGAAUAACUUUUUUUUCAAGUUGAAGCUAUCUUGUUCCAAAAUUCACUUGUAGCUUUAUAAUUUUUAAACCAAAAUAUGGUUGAGGCUCAGGUGAUGGGCCGGAAAGGGUUUUUUUAAAAAAUGAGGAAGCAAAUGGCUUGAUUUAAGAUUAGGAUGAGAAAAGGAGAUCAUUGAAGAAGCUCUGAGAAUCAUCUAUUGUGAAUUUGGAUUAGUCAAAAUCUCGAAAAAUUAUAAAAUUUCAUCCCUGGUAUAGAAAGUCCUAAAUUCGCAAUAACUUGUCCAAAUCUUUUUUUCAAAUUUUACUCAAAAACAUAUUUUCAAAGCAAGAUAAAACGCAGGAAUGUCAUGUUUUUCCCAAUAAAAUGGUUUGAGUUUCAUUAAUCCUUGAAGAAAAUUUAUCAGUUCUUGAAAUUUUCAUGAGGUUCGGUGCUUUACAGAUAAAAUGUUCCGAAAAGAAUUUGUACUCCUCCUAAUUAUGGAGAGGUUUAUCGACUAAAGGGAUGAUUUUCAGCUCUACGUGCUGAAGGAGAGCGAAGGCGGCACCAAGACCCCAAUCGCCAACUACUUCAGCGAACACGUUUUCUCCCUGACCUGGGACACUGGCGCCUCGGUUAAACUCGUCGGAAAGGAUUUUGUCAUGCCUGGCGAGGCUGCUGAGUGCGUUUUUUGGGAAGAAAUGGGGAUAUUUUGAGAUAUCUUUAUGGUUAGAGCUGGGGCAAUUUUGCUUUUUUGGAAGUCUGAAGAUGACAAAAAGAAAAUUAUCCUUUUCUUAUUAAAAUGAAGCUGAAGAUGCGGAGUAUUAAAGUGAGUGUAGUUUUUUUAAAAAAAGAAUUUUUUUCGAGGUCUGAAAAUAUUGCUUCGGUAUUUUUUUCUGUAGAGGUAUAGCUUCAACAGCUUCAAACUAUAGAAAAUCAAUAAUCUUUUUUGAGUUUUACAAAUCGGAAGGCCGUAAACAGACGUUUACUCAGCGUGAAUGAGUUUAGAGCGCGUAAAAUUGACAUUUUUUCACGAUUAUGUAGAUCGUGUAGGCUAGAAGAUUUGAAUAGAACAAAAAAUAAAAAUAAAGAGAUUCAUCUUCAAAAAUACAUUUACACUACGAAAAGUUGUUGCAUGCCAUCUCGGAGAAAAGUAAACAAUUCCAAAACUAUUCAGGGUCGAGCUCCACCUGAACUCUCUGAUGUUCAUCGAGCCCCAGCAGAGAUUCACCAUCCGUAAAGGAUCCAAGACGAUUGGAACCGGAGUUUUCACCGAAAUGUUGCCCGCCCUGAGCAACGAGGAGAAGGUAGGACUUUGAGUUUUCUCGAAAACGUUGGAUACUUUUAAAUUUCGAUGUAAUAUCAAUCAGCGUUCUCAUAUGACGUCAGGAGACACUAAUUUUUAUCCCAACUGUAGCCGGGUUACGGUAGGCACCUGCGUAUCUAAGGAUUGAUGAGCUUUUUCUUGGAAUUUGGCGCAGAGUUUUCUUUUUUUUUUUUCGUUCAAGAUAGGGAACCCUAGGGGGGAACCUUCAAGUUCCUUUAAGAUGGUCCCUUUAGGGACUACUCUAACGUUCCUGAGGUACCGAAGAUUUUUAGAAAAUACCCUAGAGUCCAAAGGGAAAAAUGACCUUGUUAGAAACUGUCAGAAGUUUUUCGCAGUCUUUUUUUAAAGGUUUCCUGAUUGUUUUAUGGGAAAUUUCCUUCAGUUACAGUGAAUUUGUAUUUGACAGAAUUUCAAAAACAAGAAAGCUCAGGGUGCUAACUGAAAUAUCAUGUUUUAGGAGCAAAAAAUCAUUUUUUUCAACGGGCCUCUGUACUUUUUCUACGUGAAGCUCGAAGUUUUUAUAAGUGAAGAAUAAAUAUUUUCAUUUCCAGGACCCCAAGAACAAGAAGAAGCAGAUGAAGGCCGAAAUGGAGCGACUCGGGUUCAAUCCGUACGGAGAGUUGGCCGAGAAACGAUUGAAGCCCGAUUAUUCCAACUCGCCCAAGGACAACCCGGCCGCCAAGGCUUUCGAGGGACAACCGCCCCAAUAA